GUGUUAACAAGUGUUAAAACACAAUGGAAAAUAUGAUUUUCUGGAGUUUGUUCUUCAUAGUUACUAUUAAUGGAGUUUGGAGUGAGAUCAAACAUGAACAGUCUCCCUCCGAGGUGAAAAAACCUGAAGAGAAAGUGAAGAUGUCAUGUAUCAUAUCAGGUUAUGACAUGACAGACUACAGCAUUAACUGGAUACGACAGAGGCCAGGAAACGCUCUGGAGUGGAUUGGGUGGAUGGACGCAGGCAGCAACUCUCCUACUUUUAGCAGCUCCUUUCAAAGCCGCUUCAUCAUGACUGAAGAUGUGCCCAAGAGCACUCAGUACCUGGAGGUCACGAGCCUGACAGCAGAAGACUCAGCUGUUUACUUCUGUGCUCGAGACACAGUGACUGAAGACAGUGGAGCAGCUGAACAAAAACAUCCACAGACAACAAACAAAACAACAUCACCAACUCUGUUCCCUUUGGUGAAGUGUGAACCUGACGGUGAUAAAAUCACCCUCGGGUGUCUUGCACACAACUUCUACCCAGAGAGUCUUACUUUCCAGUGGACCGAUGCCUGUGGGGACGCUCUGACUCCUGAUCACUAUCCUUCAACUCUGAACAACAACAAAUAUACAAGAGUCAGUUUGGUUAAAGUACCAAAGUCUGACUGGAAUUCAAGGCACUCUUUUCAAUGUUCUGUGACGCACGAAGGAGGCCCAAGAGGUUUGACACUGGGAAAAAAGGCCUCUUGUUCUAUGACAAGAAAUAUCACAAUGACACUGAAACCAACAAGUCUCCAAGACAUUUUCAUCAACAACCAGGCAAAGUUUGAGUGCAGGAUUAAAGGACCGGACAAGAAAACCAUUAAUCUGAUGAAAUUCACUUGGCAAAUUGAUGGAAAUGAUGAGACGGAGAACAUCAUUGAAACAACAGACUCCACAGGCAGCAAAAUCAGCACUUUGACUCGAAACCACACUGAAUGGACGACAAUGAACAAAGUGACCUGUUCUGCUACGGACCAAAAAACACACGUUUCUAAAGAUCUGAUCUACCAACGAGAUGAUGCCCCAAAAGUAACAAUCCACAUCCUCCCAUUCGAAGACGUUGAAAAUGCUUCUGAGGUCACUAUGUUGUGUCUGGUCUCUAGCAAGAAACAGCAGGAUGUCUACAUCGCCUGGUUAGAAAAAAAAGGAAAUAAAACCGAAGUCUAUAGCGAUGGCAUCGACUUCCCCCCUAUGAAGACCAAACACGGCUUCUCAGCUACGAGUCUUUACACCACCUCCUUGGAUAAGUGGAACAAAUACGUCCAGUUCUCCUGCAACGUGUGGUCACCUGGUGGUGAAAAGAUCAGAGUGGUGUCUCAGUCCGUUAUUAGAUCAAAUGAAUGUAAGGAUGUGUAGAUUGAGCCUUAAAUGUGUCAUCUUGUGCUAAUGUGCUGUCAUGUCUGUGUCCUCUCUGUCAUGGAACCCGUCUUUGUGAUUGUAAAAGUAACAGCCAGUUUGUCAAUUCACUUUGGUUUGUCAUCGUAUGGUGUUUGAAUCUGUCUUUGUCACAUCGUC